CUAUAAUAUUAUCUAGAUUAUCACUUAUGUAUAUCAGAUUAUCAUUAUCAUUUCAUUAAAGAUUUAUUCUAUUUUUUUUUAUAAUUAUGGAAAAUAAAAAUGAAUUACCAAUCUUUGCCGAAAUAUUACCAAAUGUAAAGUCUAUGACUGUUAGUGUUGGUUUAACGAGAAGUAAAGAAGAGACUUUAUAUGAAUUCGGGUUAUAUCCAUUAAAAUUUAUAUUUGAAUCAAAAUCACCAACUAAAACAAUUUCGAAAUCAACAAAAACUUUUUCUACAUCAAAACUUGAAAUACCUUUAAUACAAACAGUAGAAACCUCAGAACAACCAAUAAUAACAAAUUCUAAUGAAGGCAUAGACAUAAAAUUAAAAUUACGUACCUUUGUACGUAAAAGACCACCAAAAAAAGAUAUUAGCAUAAGCGAAACCUACCAAGCCCCUUUUAAUUCAACAAAUAUAUCUUCGUUUAAAAAUAUAUUAUGUAGUUAUUGUAAAAAAUUUUUAGUUAAAAAGAAUACGUUAAAGAAAAUAUUGGACAUGCCAUCGGAACAUUGGGCUGAGUUAGUAGAUUGUUGGAUGUGUCACCAGGAAGAUUAUAAGCACGCUAAAAUUGGUGAUAUUAUCGCACAAGAAAAUAUUGGAUUGGUUUCCAAUAGCUAUUUUUUAUUGCAUCCUAAUAAUAUCGAAGAGGAUUCUUUGAAAGUCGAUGAAGAAGAAUUACAUGAAAUUGAUUGGACAAAAGGAAUGUCAAAGAAAUGGAUAUCAAUAAAUUGUUCAAGAUGUUUCGCUUCUGUUGGAGAUGGUCUAUAUUGUAAAUCUAAAGAGGAAGAAAAAGAUGAAUUAAAAUUGUUAGCUGUUAAACUUAAUAAGUAUAUGACUUUAGUUGAAAUGGAGGGCGGUGCCGAUGCUGAUAAAAAAGAGUAAGCAUCAUUUAAUAAAAUGGAUCUUGUUAUGUUCAAUUAAGAAUUUUUUUUUUUUUUUUUUUAAAUAUUUUUUUUUUUUUUUGUACAAUUCAAAAGUUACUUUUUUUUGGUAUUACCAAAAAAUAUAGAUUUGGUUGUUUGGAUGGGACUCGAA